GCUGCUUUGCAGCCAGAGGGACCCCUUCCUCCCUGCUCACAGGCCACUGCGAGGAGCCUGUGUGCCUGGCCCCAGCACCAGCUCCCCACAGCCCUGCAGAAAAGUAGGCAGCCUGGGCCUGGGCUCAACAACCCAGGGUUGUGGACUAGGAUGGGGGAUGGGCCUGUGACAGGAGGUACCCUGGGUGUCCUCCUUUGGCCCCAUGGAGUCCUCACCCAUCCCCCAGUCAUCAGGGAACUCUUCCACUUUGGGGAGGGUCCCUCAGACCCCAGGUCCCUCUACUGCCAGCGGGGUCCCGGAGGCGGGGCUGCGGGAUGUUGCUUCGGAAUCGGUGGCGCUGUUCUUCAUGCUCCUGCUGGACUUGACGGCGGUGGCUGGCAAUGCCGCCGUGAUGGCUGUUAUCGCCAAGACACCCGCCCUCCGAAAAUUCGUUUUCGUCUUCCACCUCUGCCUGGUGGACCUGCUGGCUGCCCUGACCCUCAUGCCUCUGGCCAUGCUCUCCAGCUCCGCCCUCUUUGACCACGCCCUCUUUGGGGAGGUGGCCUGCCGCCUCUACUUGUUCCUGAGCGUCUGCUUUGUCAGCCUGGCCAUCCUCUCGGUGUCCGCCAUCAAUGUGGAGCGCUACUAUUAUGUGGUCCACCCCAUGCGCUAUGAGGUGCGCAUGACACUGGGGCUGGUGGCCUCUGUGCUGGUGGGCGUGUGGGUGAAGGCCCUGGCCAUGGCUUCUGUGCCAGUGUUGGGAAGGGUGUCCUGGGAGGAAGGCCCUCCCAGUGUCCCCCCAGGCUGUUCACUCCAAUGGAGCCACAGUGCCUACUGCCAGCUUUUCGUGGUGGUCUUCGCCGUCCUCUACUUCCUGCUGCCCCUGCUCCUCAUCCUUGUGGUCUACUGCAGCAUGUUCCGGGUGGCUCGUGUGGCUGCCAUGCAGCACGGGCCGCUGCCCACGUGGAUGGAGACGCCCCGGCAACGCUCCGAGUCUCUCAGCAGCCGCUCCACUAUGGUCACCAGCUCGGGGGCCCCGCAGACCACCCCUCACCGGACGUUUGGCGGAGGGAAGGCAGCAGUGGUCCUCCUGGCUGUGGGAGGACAGUUCCUGCUCUGUUGGUUGCCCUACUUCUCCUUCCACCUCUAUGUGGCCCUGAGCGCUCAGCCCAUUGCAGCGGGGCAGGUGGAGAACGUGGUGACCUGGAUUGGCUACUUCUGCUUCACCUCCAACCCUUUCUUCUAUGGCUGUCUCAACCGGCAGAUCCGGGGGGAGCUCAGCAAGCAAUUUGUCUGCUUCUUCAAGCCAGCUCCGGAGGAGGAGCUGAGGCUGCCGAGCCGAGAGGGCUCCAUCGAGGAGAACUUCCUGCAGUUCCUUCAGGGGACAGGCUGUCCCUCGGAGUCCUGGGUUUCCCGACCCCUACCUAGCCCCAAGCAGGAGCCACCUGCCGUUGACUUUCGGAUUCCAGGCCAGAUAGCUGAGGAGACCUCCGAGUUCCUGGAGCAGCAACUCACCAGCGAUAUCAUCAUGUCGGACAGCUACCUCCGUCCUGCCCCCUCACCCCGGCCCGAGUCAUGAUGGGCCCUGGACGCUUGGAGGGAGAUGGGGCUGGGGGCCGGUUACCAUGGCAAGGACCACCUUGUGGGACCACCUUUUCCCAGCUAGCUGGGGCUGGGACUGGAGUCUGUGCACACAGCUUUUGCUUAGUGUUUCCUGGGUCAGGAACAGAGCCCAGAGGAUGGACGUCUGGCCAAAGCCUUGGAUUUGGCUGUGCUCUUUGACUUCUGGGGGAGGGAACCUGGGUAUGGUGAGACGGUGACGAGAGAAAGUGUUACAAAGGUCUGGCCUCCCUGAUCUCUCUCCUUUCGGCAGUGACCCACCUCCAGCCCCCUGGACAAUCGGGUACAAGAGUCGAAGGUUGGGCAUGGGAAGGGUAGGGUUUCCAUGGUCUGUUAAUGCCUCUUUACUCCUAUACAUCGCUCUCAAAAUUAGCUUCAGUGACAAAGACUUACAUCUCACUCCUCUCUGCAGCCCUGGGUUGGAGAGAGGGCACAGGAGUUGGGCUCAGCUGCUCACUAAUUGAAACUGUAGGAACCAUGGUGGUUUUUAUUGAUAGUGGUUAUUUUUAAGAGAGAGAGAAUGAUUAAAAACUGGACAGGACAUCCUAGCUAGGAUCACCUGUCCAUUCCACUUCCCUAAAUUGAAUCAGGCCAACACCAAAGGGUCAAGGCAGGCUGAGGGGGUGGUGUGGUUUAUAUUCAAACAAAUUCUUGAAUCACUGAGCAUCAAAGGGGGAAAAUGGGCUGGUGGGAAUGGGAUAGUUUCCCAUUUAACAGCUAAUAAAUAAUUUUUAUGAUCAAAAGUUAUAUUGAUAUCAACAUUGACUCCUUCAGUUCAAUGCAGUGCAUAAUAGGUGAAAACCCACUAUUCCUUGGGACCCAUACAGAGGAUAUACAGUCAUUGCCUUCAAGUGCUUUCUAGUCUAAUUUGAUUGGAUCCCUUGUGUUUUUACAGUGUUUAGAUCUGAGAAGCAUUGCAGAAUGUUUGAAAAAUAUAUUGGAGCAUAUAUCCAUGGUUCUAACUUCCGCAAGUUACCUACUUACAGCAAGAUACCUACACAGAGCUUCCUGCAGUGUGGAGAGUAUGGAGGCUGUAAAUUAAGCUCUCUAAUGAAGAAAAAAUUCUCAAAUCAAAGUGGGCAAACAUAGCCCUCGUCCUAAUGAUCUAGGGCAUUUUCCAGGUUUCUGUCUUCCCACAACUAGCCUACAAGUCCAGUCUAAUGCCUAUUAAAGAAAUCCCUCACAUGACAGUAUAGUGAGGAGAGUGACUGAAAAACAGGUUCACCUCUCUCUCCCCUUUAAGAUACACUCAUACUGAGGAAUCUCAUUCCUGGUUGGGGGUGGGGGUGGGGGGACUUUCAGCCACUACACAGCUAGUAGACCUGCAACACUGCCAGUAGGUGGCAGUGUGAGUCCAGUGGAAAUAAGGAAAGGUGUGUGUGUGGGGGGGGCGACCAGGAGGGCCUUAAACAUUGCCUGGCAGCCAUUUUGUCAAUUUAUUUUGCCUUUUCCUCUGACUUUGCACUCCAACCCUUCCUUCACAUACAUCAAAGAAGUAAGUUCUGAGUGCAAGGAUAUCUCCAAUUCAGGUUGAAAACUCCUGACACUGUGAUCUCAUUGGUGUUUAUCACAGAGUUUGACAUACAUGGGUUAAUUUGCCAUUUAUUUUUCCCUGUGAGAGUGAAUUAUGAAGGAAAUAAAAAUUUUUUUCUAUUAUGCUCAGAACUUUCCUAACAUUUCUGCUAUGACCAUCUUCCAGGAGUUUUCUGGAUGCCAGAACAGGCUGGUAAAAUUCACUAUGUAAUCCUAAACUCUCAACAUUAUUCUCGGACAAAGCCAAACCUUUCUGGUACACUGAAGAAUGAACAGGUUGAGGCGAUCAUCUUGUCAGUUACUUCUUUCCUGCCUUCUGAUGGUGUGGGGGACUCCCAGUCCUGGAGCUGGGCCUUCUCUUGUCAAGUGUCCCAAGGCAAAAGGUAAAAAGGGUUGAAUUUUGUGAAGUCUGACAGGUCUACUUACUCACUGUGUGAACUUGGGAAAGCUGCUUAAUUUCUCUGAGCCUAUUUCCUCAUCUGUAAAAAUGGGGAUUAUUAUUACCUACCUCACAGGGUUGUUGUGAGGAUGAAGAGAUGAGAUGUGGAAGCACCUAGCCAUGCCUGGCAAAUAGGUACUCAAUAAAUAUUGGUUUUUCUUCCCUUUCCUCUUGCCCUUUUUCCCUAGAAAUAUUGAU